UUUUUGUUUCAUUAACUUCAUGAAGUAAUAAAUGACAGGCUGGUGAUGGGACGACUGUUUAUUUCUGUUAUAACAUAAGUGAUAACAGGAACUAAUUUGUCUAGUGGAAGUUCAACUACAUUCAAUGUAACUAUAAGUGCUUAAAUGGUUAAAUAAGCAGAUGUGUCAUUCCUUAAUAUUUUAAGAAUUGUAAUCUUGGGCAAGUUGUUGUUGUAUAAGAAGAACAAAAUAUCUCUAUCAUGUUUUAUUCAUUACAUACCAAAUCAAAUUCACUAUUGUUUUAAAAUAAGAGAAAAUGAACUACUUAGAACUGAAAACCACAUCCUCAUUUGUUUCUGUUUGAGGGUAAGUGGACACCCAUUGUUUGGGGUUUUUUUUUUUUUUUUUUUUAUGAAUGCCAAUUAAGAGAAGCCUGAAAAAGAGAUACAAACAUAAAAAUGAAUAAAGUUUUGGCCAGUAACAAUAAUUUCACACUGGUUAAGCUGUGGGACAUUCCCACAACGUUAAAGAGUUUUGAACUGAAAGCAACAAUGUGUGAAGAAAUUGAGGGAGCAGUGUAAGGAGCUGAUUGGUGUAGAGACACGAUGGUCCCGCCCCUAAGAACGGAAAGCUGAACGAUGAUUGGUGUAGACGUGUGGAGCCAAGUUGUAGUUGAAGUGAGCUGCAGAAAGUCCGGCAGGCUUCAGCCUCAGACUGUAACCGGAGCUAAAAUGGCGCUGACUUCCCAAGGAACAAAGAAGAAAGUUUGCUAUUAUUAUGACGGUGAUGUUGGGAAUUAUUACUAUGGCCAGGGUCAUCCCAUGAAGCCUCACCGCAUCCGCAUGACCCACAACCUCCUCCUCAACUAUGGCCUCUAUAGGAAGAUGGAGAUCUAUAGGCCCCACAAAGCCAACGCUGAAGAGAUGACCAAAUACCACAGUGACGACUACAUCAAGUUCCUCCGCUCCAUCCGCCCAGAUAACAUGUCCGAGUACAGCAAGCAGAUGCAGAGAUUUAACGUGGGUGAAGAUUGCCCCGUGUUCGACGGCCUGUUUGAGUUCUGUCAGCUUUCAACAGGCGGCUCUGUCGCGGGUGCCGUGAAACUAAACAAGCAGCAGACAGACAUCGCCAUUAACUGGGCGGGCGGUCUUCAUCACGCCAAGAAGUCGGAGGCGUCCGGUUUCUGCUACGUCAACGACAUCGUGCUGGCCAUCCUGGAACUGCUCAAGUACCAUCAAAGAGUUCUGUAUAUCGAUAUCGACAUCCACCACGGCGACGGAGUAGAGGAGGCCUUUUACACCACAGACCGUGUCAUGACCGUGUCUUUCCAUAAGUAUGGAGAGUACUUUCCUGGCACAGGUGACCUCAGAGACAUCGGUGCUGGAAAGGGCAAAUACUAUGCCGUGAACUACCCACUCAGGGAUGGGAUCGAUGACGAGUCUUACGAAGCCAUAUUCAAACCUAUCAUGGCCAAAGUGAUGGAGAUGUACCAGCCGAGUGCUGUAGUGCUUCAGUGUGGUGCUGACUCUCUGUCUGGGGACAGGCUGGGCUGCUUCAACCUCACCAUCAAAGGUCACGCGAAGUGUGUGGAGUACAUGAAGAGUUUUAACCUGCCCUUGCUCAUGCUGGGUGGAGGAGGCUACACCAUCAGGAACGUGGCUCGCUGCUGGACCUAUGAGACAGCCGUGGCCCUGGAUAGCACUAUUCCUAAUGAGCUUCCAUACAACGAUUACUUUGAAUAUUUCGGACCUGACUUCAAGCUUCACAUCAGUCCCUCCAACAUGACCAACCAGAACACAAACGACUACCUAGAAAAGAUCAAGCAGCGUCUGUUUGAGAACCUGCGCAUGCUGCCUCACGCUCCCGGAGUGCAGAUGCAGGCGAUCCCAGAGGAUGCUGUGCAGGAGGACAGCGGGGACGAGGAGGACGACCCGGACAAACGCAUCCCCAUCCGUGCCCAUGAUAAGCGGAUAGCCUGCGACGAGGAGUUCUCCGAUUCCGAGGACGAAGGACAAGGCGGCCGCAGAAACGCAGCCAACUACAAGAAGGUCAAGAGAGUGAAGACCGAGGAGGAGAAAGAUGGGGAAGAGAAGAAAGGUGAGCGCACAGAUGUGAAGGAGGAAGAGAAAACCCCAGAAGAGAAAAUGGACACAAAAGGGCCAAAAGAAGAGCUGAAAACAACCUGAGCACUCGAGUCCAAACAGACGCACGAACUGAACUUGAGUUGUCCCACACACACACACACACACACGUUGUUGAUGUUAGCGUCCAAGCUAAAGACUGUAAAUUAUUUUCUAAGACUCCUUUUACUAUUUGUAUUCUUAUUGGGCGGUAUAGAUUUUUUGCAUUACACGUGUCGAAAUGUAAGAUGUAUCCUUUCCUUAUCGCAACCCCUCCCCACCCACCCCCUCGUUUUCUUUUUCCUUUUUUUUUUUUUUUUUUUUUUUUUUUGCUAUGAAUCUUUGCAUUAUUUUAUUUUUAUUAGGUAGAAAUUUACAGUAGCACCUCGAACAGGACCAGAAGCAGUAGAGAUGGUUAUUAGCUGUGCUUCACCUGAACAGCUUCACCUCUAACUUAUUUGGAAUCAUGGACUUGAAAACACACACACACACAUACAAUCGUUUCCCGUAUUAUUAGGUUUUGUCUUUUCUGGAUGCUGCUCACUGGCUCAGUGUCCUUUACCUCAUUUUUAAGAGAGAAAAUUGUUUGUUUUAAUGACGUGUCUGUGUUUUAUGGCUCACAGGGCCAGAAAUAGCAGUUUUAGGAGUUCCACGGUUCUGUGGUUUUGAAUUGUCUAUAUUAUAUGCGCUUUUUUUUUGGUAAAGUAAAUAAAAGAGAACAUGCUCUCUCCAUUCUUUUAAAAGCUUUCAGUUACUGAAUGCGCAAGUAUUAUUAAAUAAGACAUCAGUUUAUAGUCUAAUGACUACCAAGCCAGUUUAAGUUCACUUAAAAGGUUAAAAAAAAAAAAAAAUCAGUUUGACCCAAAAUAACAUGAACAGCUCUAUCCAUGGCUCCAUGAUUGGAAGCAAUUUAAGCGCAUCUCUGAUCCUGCUGUCUCAGCACCUCAUCAAAAUCCUGUCCUACUGAAUUACUGAACAGGGGAAAUGAGCCGGAACUGAAGUUUCUAUCAAUGUUUAAGCUUCACGUUAGGGCUCGAGGCUUUUCCUUGACAUGGUGUGUUUUAAAUGUGAGGAGAUAAUUGUGUUCCAGUCGAAUGAAAAGCUCAGCGAAGCACUAAUGCUGAAAGGAUAGCAAUACGCUGCGUCAAUCAGGCAGUCUUUUUAUAGCAGGUGCAGGCUUCUUUGCAGUUACGUGCACAACGGUGUCUAAAUACACUUUAAUGUUGUGAAUGAAUUUUACUCAAAGCACAGGAUGAGUUCAUAAAGAAAACUAGACUACCAUAUUAAAUCAUUCAUUUAGUUCCGGGAAGGAUUUCGCUUUUGUUUCUGAGCAUGAUCGCAGAAAUGAACGCAAAUUCAAACUCCAGAAUAGUCAAAGGAGCUUGGGCUUUUUCAAAAUGACCGUGUCACGUGACAUCACCACCUGCGUUCAUGGCAAUGGCAGCAAAUUCAAGCGUUUUUGGCCACAACAAUCACACGUUUUCCCUGUGAUUAGGUUUUACACAGAGUGCUGAAAGCAUAGAUUUCUGUGGAAGAAAUAAAUAGAAACAUUUGUGGGGCACGCUAUCACCACACUGAUUAGAUGAGCACCAAAUAAGCCUCAAUGUGGCAAAGCAAUAGCGGAUGAUGGAGGACUGACCCAUACCUGUCGUGUUACCCUGUGGUGUCUUUAAUGACAAUCUAAAUAAAUCAAAAUAUGAUGAUUUAGAAUAAGAAUUAUUUUAUAUUUAUUUAUUUAUUAGACACGCUUCUAUUUUAGAAUAACAAAGUAAUCAAAACUCUAAAAUAAUACAAAUAGAGCUAUAGGAAUUAUCUUGUGAUUAACUAAAUCAAAAUAAUUUAAUAUUUUAGCAUCUUCAAAGUAGACACCCUUUUUGCCUAGAAUUUCCAGAAAUGUAUUCUUGGUGUUUUCGCAACUGAUUUCUUGGGGAAUUCCCCUGAGAUGAUUUUUAAACGGUAUUAAAAGGAGUUAACACCUA